GGUGGUAUAGGUUUACAUCGGCUGGAGUCGUAGUCUGUAUAGGACGACUGGAGGCUGCUGUUCGCUAGAAGUGCGCCGCGCCCUGCCGGCUUAUAUAAAUAGGUGAAGAGGGGCAGCGGAGACCUCUUGCACUUUCCUGGCGGCGCGCGACGCAACGACCAGUCCUCGCCGAGCGCCAUGGCUCGACACGCGUAUUUGUGUCUUGGUGUGCUGCUGCUCGCCUACUAUGUAAAUGGCGAGAUCCGAGUGAAAAGACAAGAUGAAGAUAGUGGCGGUGAUGACUCAACCCCAGAGCAGUUGUGCGAGGGCCGCCCCGCAGACGAGUACUUCCGCCUCACCACAGAAGGAGACUGCCGCGAUGUAGUCAGGUGCACUAGGUCAGGUCUUAAACAGAUCACUUGCCCGUCUGGACUGGCCUUCGAUCUCGAUAAACAAACCUGUGACUGGAAGGGUAAAGUGACCAACUGUGACAAACUCGAGAAACCCAGGAAAAUUUUACCUAUUCUCAAGACAGAUGAGCCUAUUUGUCCAGAAGGAAAAUUAGCUUGCGGCAGUGGUGACUGCAUAGAAAAAGAACUUUUCUGCAAUGGAAAGCCCGAUUGCCAAGACGAAUCUGAUGAAAACGCUUGUACUGUGGAGCUAGACCCUAACAGAGCACCGGAUUGUGACCCUAAGCAAUGUGCAUUGCCUGACUGCUUCUGCUCUGCCGAUGGCACUCGUAUUCCUGGAGGCCUAGAACCGAAUCAAGUACCACAAAUGAUAACUAUUACAUUCAACGGGGCAGUCAACGUUGACAAUAUUGAUUUGUAUGAACAAAUUUUCAGCGGAAAUCGUUUCAACCCUAACAGUUGCCAAGUUCGUGGAACAUUCUUCGUGUCACACAAAUACACAAAUUAUGCUGCUGUGCAAGAAUUACAUCGCAAAGGUCAUGAAAUUGCCGUGUUUUCAAUUACACACAAAGAUGACCCAAAUUACUGGUCAAGCGGCUCCUACGACGAUUGGUUAGCAGAAAUGGCAGGCGGACGCCUCAUUCUGGAACGUUUUGCAAACCUUACAGACGCCUCGAUAAUCGGAGUUCGCGCUCCAUAUUUGAGAGUAGGUGGAAACAAACAAUUCGAAAUGAUGGCUGACCAGUAUUUCGUAUAUGACGCUUCUAUCACUGCUCCUUUAGGUCGUGUCCCCAUCUGGCCUUACACUUUAUACUUCCGUAUGCCACACAAAUGUAACGGAAAUGCUCAUAACUGCCCAUCGAGAAGCCACCCUGUCUGGGAAAUGGUUAUGAACGAGCUGGACAGAAGAGACGACCCCACGUUUGACGAGUCUCUGCCAGGCUGUCAUGUGGUUGAUUCUUGUUCUAAUAUCCAAACUGGUGAUCAGUUCGCCCGCCUUCUGCGUCACAACUUCAACCGUCACUAUUCCACCAACCGCGCUCCUCUUGGUCUGCACUUCCACGCUUCAUGGCUUAAGUCUAAAAAAGAAUUCAGAGAUGAGCUGAUUAAGUUUAUCGAAGAAAUGUUGGAGAAAAACGAUGUUUACUUCGUAUCUUUGCUACAAGUAAUUCAAUGGAUGCAAAAUCCUACUGAACUAUCAUCACUAAGAGACUUCCAAGAAUGGAAGCAAGACAAAUGUGACGUUAAAGGUCAACCUUACUGUUCUUUGCCCAACGCCUGCCCGUUGACAACGAGAGAAUUACCAGGAGAGACACUGCGUUUGUUCACCUGUAUGGAGUGCCCCAAUAACUAUCCCUGGAUCUUAGAUCCUACGGGAGAAGGCUUCAAUGUUAAGAAGUGAUCUCUAUAUAUUAAAUUAAAAGACUGUAAACACAUGUAAAUAAUACUCAAUAAUGUUAUAAAUAAUGAUGACAAUGAUUCUGUGGCAGGUCGACGACGUCAACAUUAGUUAAUAUUUUUUACAUUGUAUUAUUCCAUCAAUCUGUAUACCUUUCAAUGAAAUAUGGUUUUAUAUUUUCUUGUACCUAGGUACUAAGUUGAUGUUUGCUAUUCUGUCUUCAUUAUCUACCUAUCUAUCGAUCAAAUAUUGCCUUCACCCUCUCUAAUAGCAAAGAUAAGUAGACUUUGUUUCAUUAAUUAUAAUUUAGGAUAAUAC